UCCACCUUACUAAUAGUGAGAACUCCAGCCUCUUCUGCCAUCCUUCUGAUCUAAUCUUCAUGAACAUACAUGGAAACAGCUGUUUGUGUCCUAUGCCCCGUCCUCAAGAACAGCAAGUACUGGGAGCACCAUUUCUGAUGGAGGAUCCAGCAAACCAGUUCCUACGCCUGAAAAGACAAGUUGUACACUUACAAGAUUUCUGGGACCCAGAUCACCGCCCAGCUGGGAGGGGACUCUCACUGGCUGAUGAGGUUUGGGAAGAAUGGACUUCUUUGAAAGCAAGUGCAGACCACUAUUUUGACAUGACCACAUUGACCUUUGAUGUAUCUGCUGCCCAGUAAAUGUACGAGAGUGGUGAAAGGAGAAAAAAUAUAUAUGUGGUAGGAGUUACCAUGACAGUGUGCUCAAACCUCAGGCUUGGAGAAACAUGGGUAGAUUCAAUGCUGCCUUUGCUACAUUACUUAUUAUGUCUAUCUCGUGGAGGUUUGGGAAGGAGCAAUUGUGAAAACGCUUGCAUGCACCUGGAUGGAACUGGAAGUUCUUCAUAAAUGCCCACUCUUGAGAGAGAAAAUAAAGACUAAAGUAAAAGAAUUUGCUCAAAGGAGCACUUUUCUGAGACGUGGGAUGCAAAAUCAAAGUAACAGUGUCAUUAAAACAUUCUGCUCACUGCUCUCA